UCAUUAAUACAGUAAUAAUAAUAACUAUUAGCUAUAGUAUUACACAACUGUAUAAGUAUUGCGUUAUUAUUAUUAUUAUUACUGUAAUAAUAGUAACAAAUAUUUAGCCGAAAGUCAUCUACCAUUGAAUGGACACAAUCAGCGGCGACAACAACACCAACACCAACACCGCCGCCGCCGAAGACAACAACAACGAUAAUAAUAGACGUUAUUCGUCGAUAUCGGCGCUAAUGACCACCACUGGUUGUCACAAGUGUUGUUGCGGACCAACUGGCCCGACCUCGCAAGUGAUCAUCGCUGCUGGCCAUCAAAAGGACGGCAGCGGCGGCAACAGUAUCGGUGGUGACCACCACUACAACAAUAGCAACAACUACUCGCCACCGCUGACUACGAUCGACGGCAUGACUGCGGCUAUGGCUGCGGCUACGAUUGGCGGUGACAAUAACAGCGGUACUAACGACAAGAGUGCCGUUUCCUUAUUGCAAGAGCUGUGCGCCAAACACGGCCUACCGAUGCCCACCUACGAUGAAAUGGCCCGAAUGGGUUCGUGUCACGACCCGAUAUUUACGUUCAGAUGUCAGAUAUUGUUGACAGCCGGCUCUGAACCGAUUGCUGCCAAUGCUAUCGGCAAAACCAAACAGAUGGCCAAACGUCGGGCGGCCGAAGAGGUGACCAAACUGUUGCAACAGAGAGACUAUUCGCUAAUACCGACCAACAAUUCCCAGCAGAAGAAAAAAUGCAAACACAUCUCACAGCAGACAAUUGAUCCGAAUAUUGAUCAACAAAAAGAGUGCAAAGAGUACAUUGAUUUUGUCGAAAGUCUUGAAUUACAAUCACUGGAAAAACUAUUUGAAGCCAAAGAUACUGAUUAUUGUCUCCGAUUGAAUCUGAUUGCCGAAAAACUUAACUGUUUUGCCAAUUAUAUAACAAUUACCGACGACUCGACACAGUCAUCGUCGACUACAUCGUCGGCAAACACUAACAACAACAACAACAAACUAACCAAUCGGUUCAAGUGUCUGUUGCAAGUGAAACGAAACUCAGCGGCACUGACCCGCCGGUUGCCAGUGUUUGUCUCGUGGGGUAACAGUUCUGUUAGUACCGAACAGGCCAUGCAAAUUGCCGCCCAACGAGCUAUUGUUAUGGUCAAAGUGCUUAAGUGUCAAAUGUGAGGACAAUAUUGAGAGAGAGAGACAGAGGAACGGUAUGAAUGUGUGUAUGUAUAGGGUAUGUAGGUGUGCACUACCUUUAGUAUAGGUAUUGUUUAUGCAUCGAUAAUAUGUCGACGACUCCUAUGAGUGUGUGUUAAUUACUGACAAUUUUUUUGAUACUAUACAAACUGUUUACGACAUUAUUAUUAUAUAA